AUGUCUUGGCUCGGUUUCCUCUCCACCAUGAACUUUCUGCGGGGGCUGAGGUCUGCUAAUAUCUUCAAAACUUGUGUUUUAGUACAAGCAAAGCCCUCAUGGUCGAUACCGAGACGUUCGCCAUUCGGUUUGCGGUAUAAUGCGUGGACUCCGACAUCGAACAUAACGGAGAAUACCAACGUCGGCCACGCAAGGUUCCUUGCAGAGGCAAAAAUAGAUGAUUCGUGGCGCUCGGGUGUCAACAAUGCGCAGAAAGGGGGCAUCGAAGGCGUCGGCAACGAGCUGGACGACGUCGAGCCUGGAAGAGGUAAAAUCUCACCUACAUCUAGUCAUUUAUUCAAGUUGAUCCUGCCGCUCGACAUGCAGCAGCCACCCACCGUUUUCCUGCUUCACCCUUCCCAACCACUCUCUCACAUCUCUCGACUCAUCUCUUCGUCUCUUCCAAAUAGACCUUCGUCCAUCUUCUUUCGCUCCCCUGCAGAGUCCAUAACCCAGCGAGACCAUCUCCAAACAACGGGGAAAAUUCAAGAAGCCAGCCCUCGCUCUAGUAAGGACGUGCAGUGGUCAGAUAGCACGGAUAUUGGAGACUUUAUCAAGUCAGCUGUUCGAUCGAGCUCGUUCCGAAUCGUGGUUCAGUAUGACCGGAGUACCCAAUCUCGGCUGGAGGACCAGGUGAUAGAGGUGACCGUCCCGAGCUUUGAGCGCCGUACAAUGUACCUCAGCAGUCGCCUCAAUUGGUUAGAACAGCAACUGAAAGACAUGGAGGAGGUCAAAAGAGCAUGCGAUGUAGAGGCCCAUCAAACUGCAAAACGACUUGCAACUGGUGGAUUUGGGUUGCUGGUAGCGUACUGGCUUGUCAUCUUUCGACUGACGUUCUGGGACCUCGGAUGGGACGUAAUGGAACCAGUUAGUUACCUAUCUGGUCUGUCUAUGAUCAUUCUGGGAUACCUUUGGUUCCUCUAUCAAGGUCGAGAGGUAUCUUAUAGCUCGGUCAUGGACACAUCCAUCUCGCGAAGGCGAUCUCAGCUCUACGAGGCCCGAGGAUUCGACAUUGACCGCUGGACCGACCUUGUGACAGAGGAAAAGGCUAUCAGAAGAGAGAUAUCAAAGAUUGCGCAAGACUAUGGACUCGAAUGGAGCUUUGUAGACAGCAAGUAUCACCAGGAGGAGAAGAAAGCGGACCAUGCUCCCGAGAGACAUGAUGAGAGCGAUGGCGAGGAUGAAAUGAAGGAGAGAGGGAAAGCAGCAGCUGAAGCUGAGGAGAGGAGACACUGA